AUGAGCGAUAAACAGUACCAGACAGCCAUCCAUCCAUGGAGAAGGACAAGUGUGUGCAGAGGAUUGUAUGCGACAGCGCGGUUUGAAUCUGAUACAUACGAUGCCAUACAAACAACAAAACGUGCACACAUGCACACGUGCGCGCGUACCUGUCCAAUAGUGAACUGUGAGAUGUCCCUUUUAUUCACCGCUAUCAGCUCGUCUCCGACCCUGAGUUUAGCCUACGCAGCAAGCAUGGAUGCAACAAGCAUGGAUGCAAUAAGCAUGGAUGCAACAAGCAUGGAUGCAAUAAGCAUGGAUGCAAUAAGCAUGGAUGCAACAAGUACGGAUGCAAUUUGCGACAGAGAUACAGUGCGCAGGGUUGAGAAAUAA